CGUGGUGUAGCUGGAGACUCGUAACGCGUCUGCAGUCAGCCACUCUCCACAAGCUUUACCUGACGGAGUAGCCAUGGUGAGGGGGAGCUGGGGGCCCUCGAGGAGUCCACGCGUGAGUGCAUCUCCAUUCAUGUGGGCCAGGCCGGGGCACAGAUGGGCAAUGCCUGCUGGGAGCUCUACUGCCUGGAGCACAACAUCCAGCCUGACGGCACUGUGCCCAGCAACAGGACCCUAGGGAGUGGUGAUGACUCCUUCAACACCUUCUUCAAUGAGACAGAGGCUGGCAAGCAUGUGCCCCGGACUGUCUUUGUGGACCUGGAGCCUGCUGUCAUAGAUGAAGUAAGAACUGGCAUUUAUAGGCAGCUCUUUCACCCUGAGCAGCUGAUAUCCGGCAAGGAAGACGCUGCAAACAACUAUGCCCGUGGUCACUACACUGUGGGGAAGGAGAUCAUCGAUCUGGUACUGGAAAGAAUCCGAAAACUGACAGACCAGUGCACUGGACUCCAGGGCUUUCUGAUCUUCCACAGCUUUGGAGGCGGCACUGGCUCAGGCUUUACCUCCCUGCUGAUGGAGCGGCUUUCUGUUGACUAUGGCAAGAAGUCCAAGUUGGAAUUUGCUAUCUACCCAGCCCCACAAGUGUCCACAGCAGUUGUAGAGCCCUAUAAUUCCAUCUUGACCACCCACACCACCCUGGAGCACUCGGACUGUGCCUUCAUGGUAGACAAUGAGGCCAUCUAUGAUAUCUGCCGCCGCAACCUGGACAUCGAGUGCCCAACCUACACCAACCUCAACCGGCUCAUUGGCCAGAUUGUGUCCUCCAUCACUGCCUCCCUGCGUUUUGAUGGUGCCCUCAACGUGGACCUCACGGAAUUCCAGACCAAUCUGGUGCCCUAUCCCCGCAUCCACUUUCCCCUGGUGACCUACUCGCCCAUUGUUUCAGCUGAGAAGGCCUAUCAUGAGCAGCUCUCGGUGUCGGAAAUCACCAGUGCCUGCUUUGAACCUUCCAAUCAGAUGGUCAAGUGUGACCCUCGCCAUGGCAAGUACAUGGCCUGCUGUGUGCUGUACCGUGGAGACGUGGUGCCCAAGGAUGUGAGCGCCGCCAUUGCCUCCAUCAAGACCAAGCGCACCAUCCAGUUUGUGGACUGGUGUCCUACAGGUUUCAAGGUUGGCAUCAACUACCAGCCCCCGACAGUGGUGCCUGGGGGUGACCUAGCCAAGCUGCAGCGGGCAGUGUGCAUGCUAAGCAACACCACAGCCAUCGCUGAGGCCUGGGCCCGCCUCAACCACAAGUUUGACCUGAUGUAUGCCAAGCGGGCAUUUGUGCACUGGUAUGUAGGUGAGGGCAUGGAGGAAGGAGAGUUCUCCGAGGCCCGAGAGGACCUGGCUGCCCUGGAAAAGGAUUAUGAAGAAGUGGGCUCAGAGUCUGUGGAUGGCGAAGAUGAGAGCGAGGAGUUCUAGGGCAUCCUGGCACCUGCCACAUCUGGUUUCUCACCCUCCAGUUUUUUGUUUUUGUUUUUUUUUUUUUUUUUAAUCUCUCAUUCCACUGUCUUCCCAACACCCUGCAAAUACAAUUGAUGUCUCAAGUGAAGUGGGCUUCUGAUGUGGAAUUCUGUAUAGGCAGAGGGCCUUCCCAGUGUCAUUUGUCAUCCUUGGUUAAGGGGCAGGCUGGUCAUCAUCUCCAAGGACUACAGCUGGGGAUGUCAACAGGAGGAUUGGCACUGCAUCCUUCUGUGAGCAGACCACCCUGACAAAUAUGCACUGGUUCAGUCCUGGGCUGCCCGCUCUGACUUCAUGUGGGUCCCUAUGUGCCCUCUUGUCCCCAGCUCACCCCAAGGAAGGGUAAGCCUUGUAGGGGGUCCAUGAAAGCUGCUUUUAUUAUUAUUAUUUUUUAUUUAGAGACAGGGUCGUACUGAGUUGCUUAGGGUCUCCUUAAGUUGCUGAGACUGGCUUUGAACUCACUGUCCUCCUGUCUCAGCCUCCCAAACUGCCCAGGUGCUGCAAAUCUUUCAGCCCCCAGCAUUCUGGGGCAGAAGCUUCUCCAUUUCAGUGCUUGGAAGGAAUAGAGCCUUUUUUAGCAUGUCCUCUCCUCAUGGCCAACAGAGGGCACUAGAGGUUGGACUCAGGCCAGUCUGCCGCAGCCAUCUUACAAUUUAGGGCUCUACCUUGAUGUCUUAUAAAGAUGCAGGGUCCAAGAAAUAAGAUUAAAAAAAAAAAAAGGUUGUUAGCCUGGAGC